AUGUCGUCCGCUCCAAGUUCUGCCGAGUUACUACAUGUUGGAGGUGAAAGAACCACCGGAGAAAGCAUACGAAACCAAAAUGGUAAGACAGAAAGAAAGAAGUGGAAUAUAUCUCUGCUCGGAUGUAUUUAUUUUUUAUUUUCUUUGCAGUUACCGCUGUUACGGCGAUCGCAAACAUUGUCAAGAGUUCCUUAGGUCCUGUUGGCCUUGAUAAAAUGUUGGUCGAUGAUAUUGGGGUAAGAGUUCUCUUCAACGUUCACUUGUUAUGUAAAAUUUAUCAAUUAUUAGAUAUUUUGGCCUUUAAAAAGUAGAUUAAACGUGAGACGUUUCUUACAGCUGAUGCAGCAGUCUUCCUUAAAAUAGCUAUGUUUGACAAAUUACUGAAGUUUGCCGGUUCAGUACACUACUGUGGAACAUGUGUACUGUACUGUAUAGGCGAAUAUUAAUUUGCAACAUAUGCUCCAAGUACUUUAAACAACUUGACUGACUUCAAAGAAAAUUUCAUUGAGACCUUAUUUCUAAAUACUAAUUCAAAGGGUUUUUUUUCAACUUUAUUUCUAUAUUCAAUCGAUUGACUCGCUAUCCACACCUGUGCCUAGUUGUUCGAAGGCCGAUUAGCGCUAACCCUGGGUUAAGUUUUAGCCUGGGUUUCUUUAUUCCCUUCUUUAAAGGCCUAUUUCAAAUAAUUUCUUCAAUUCCUUUUAGAAAAUUCAGACAAUCAAAUUGUAGGCAAAAAUAAAUAUGCUGAAUAUUCUUUUAAAGCUUUCAGAUCUGAGGUCAGAUUUCACGCUAACCCUUGGUUAUCUUAACCUAGCUUUGAACAACUUGGCCCUGAAGAUUAAAAGCUCGCGUAAUUUUCCUAUAGCAGAUACAGUAGUCUUCCUCAUGCUGCACUUUUACUACAAUUUAAGUUGAAUCUUUUUUUCAGUACAGACGUUUCACCUUUUAUAUUUUGCUUUUUUGCACACUGACUCCCUUAAAUUCUGUGAACUCAUUCUUAAGAUACAGUUGGUCACUUAACAGGAAAGAAGAAAAAUUGAACAAAACUAUGGACGGUUCCUUUGGAUUUAGGCAUUAUAAUUUAAUAAUAAAUUCUUUCUCCAUCAUUUGACUAACCCAUUUUUUGGCAAAGGUUACAAACGAAAAAAAAAAUCUUGGAUAAACUGGUGAGCAUGUUACAUCAGAAUUAGGUGAUGAAAAUAAUUAGAGAGGGAACAUGCACAUCCUGGAUUUUCUUCAACUCAAUCUCUCUUUACAAUUUUUUUUUUCUGUUCCCCUUUUUUUUUUGGUUCAACCAACCAAUGCACUUUGAAAAGAGGGAAGGGAAUGGAAGAAAAAACUUGGCCUAAUUCAGAGAUAUUUUUGUAGGAUGUUACUGUGACAAAUGAUGGAGCCACAAUAUUGAAGCUGUUGGAAGUUGAGCAUCCUGCGGCCAAGGUUCUCUGCGAGCUGGCAGACCUUCAAGACCAGGAAGUUGGAGACGGAACAACCUCAGUAGUUAUACUUGCUGCAGAAUUUCUUAGAGGAGCAAAUGAACUUGUGCGUCAGAAGAUUCAUCCUACCUCCAUCAUUAGUGGCUAUAGAUUGGCUUGCAAGUAAGUGCACAGGGUUUUUAUGUUCUUCUUCAAAUUGGAGACAGAUGCCAACCAUUUUGCUUUCUUCAGGGGUCUGAUUUUCUCAGUGUUUUUCCCCCCUUUUUUUGUGAUGAAAACUAUAUUUCUGGCUUCAAGUUAAUGAUUUUAGUGUGCCAAAAAGUUAAACAAGAAGCUUAGAUCCUUUUCCCUUAACCCUUCCAACUCCCAGAAGUGACUGACAUGUAACUUCUCCUUGCCAUUCCAAUAAGUUAUCUUGUAAACAGGUUAUGAGAAGACAAAAGCUUAACAGAUAAGACCAAAUUCUCCAGUCUUAUUAACAAGGAAAAUUAUGACAGUUUGAGGGUAGAAUUACUUGUUGGAUCUUGGGUGUUAAAGGGUUAGUUUGGAUUUUGUUCUAGUUUAGAUUCUUUAUGUCAGUGAAUUUACCUCUAUUACUUUAAGUCCUCAGAUUUGACAGAAAUCCUCUUCAAUUCUUUUCAAAAUGUUUGAUGUAAGGGUGAUAUUGUAAGAAGAAUUUAUAUAAUAAGCUCAGUUAUGCACACAUUCUGAUUGGUUCUCACUUAUGAUCUAUUGGAGGACAGACGUAUAGAUUACAUGGUAACCAGUCAACUCGCCGACGCCAACUCGCCGACGUAUAAAAUCGAGUAGAGACGUCGGCGAGUUGGUCGUCAAUCCAAUACAACUUAUUAGAAGUAAAACAUACAGAGAAGUAAACGAAAUUUAGUAAAAAAACUCUGGCGAACAUUGGUGAACAUCAAACAGAAGCUUAAACAUCGGUGAACAUUGGUGAACAUCACCAAUGACUAUAACAGCUUAAGACGGGAACGAGUUAUUGUGCGACAACAACACCGUAAAGACUCAUCAUGUCAAUCGCUCAGAUUUUUUAACGAAAACUUGGCUUUCUAGACGAGAUCUUCAGUAAAAUGCAAUUAUUUUUAUUUGCAACAAAGUUUAUAAGGAUCUUAAGGCGAAUAAAGCGAAGUAAACCUCACCAACGACUCUAACAGCUUCAGACGCGAACGAGUUAUUGUGUGACAACAACACCGUUAAGACUCAGCAUGUCAAUCGCUCAGUUUUUUUAACGAAAACUUGGCUUUCUAGACAAGAUCUUUAGUAAAAAGCAAUUCUUUUUAUUUGCAACAAAGUUUAUAAGGAUCUUAAGGCGAAUAAAGCGAAGUAAACAUCACCAACGACUCUAACAGCUUCAGACGCGAACGAGAUAAAUUAUUGUGUGACAACAACACCGUAAAGACUCAUCAUGUCAAUCGCUCAGAUUUUUAGACGAAAACUUGGCUUUCUAGACGAGAUCUUUAGUAAAAUGCAAUUCUUUCUAUUUGCAACAAAGUUUAUAAGGAUCUUAAGGCGAAUAAAGCGAAGUAAACAUCACCAACGACUCUAACAGCUUCAGACGCGAACGAGUUAUUGUCUGACAACAACACCGUAAAGACUCAUCAUGUCAAUCGGUCUUAUUUAUUUAAGUCAAGACGCUUGGUAAAAAGUCAACGCACAAAUAUAUUUUUUGGUCUUACUACUCGUGUUAAAUGCAAUCAAAAGUGACGGUUUUCUGUGGAGAGCCUCGAGGCGAUUAAAGACCUUGUUUUCUGGCGCACAGCUGUUUUCAAACGAGGCGCUCAUUUUUUAAAACCAACAUGUUUACCUAACACUAGGAUCCCUCUUUGCAAAGGCGCCGAAUUCGUGUAACUAUGUUGAUAAUACAAGAUACACUGAUCAAAGCAAUGAUUUCUAGUUUUUGCAAGAGCAUGUAUUUGAGUUAUUUUCGUUUUCAAUCAAAUGCGUGGCAAGAUGAGGGUGUGAUAUUUUUUCACUCACAAGUCUCACAACGAAGAAGGUGCAAGGUUUUUUAUUUACUUUUGAAAAAAAAGCAGGUCUUGCUUAAAAGCAAGUCUCUCCCAUUAAAAACUAUCAGAGUUUUACAGCAGAUUCUAACAAUCUUUGUUAAAAGUAAGGAGCUAUCAACAGCUUCUCCAAAUUUUCGGAGAGAGCAGGCGCUGGCGCACAGCUGUUUUCUAGUUUUCAAUCAAACGCGCGGCAAGACGAGGGUGUGAUAUUUUUACUCACAAGUCUCACAAUGGAGAAGUUACGAAUUUUUUUUUGUUUUAUAUUCUCUUUCGGAGAAAAAAAACAGGUACAGAUAACUUUCGUAGCGCGAAAUUUGAUUGCCCAGUAAUUUGAAAGAUGAAUCUGACAGCGUCAAUGACGAAUAUACACGUAACCUGUUGAGCAAAAAAAAAAAAAAAAGAAACAAGCAGGACAUGACGAUGCAAAAAAAAUCUCAGCUCCUGCUAAAAAAUUGUGGGAGGAGAUUAUUCAGUUUUUCGUGCUUACGAAGCGCAUUGUUCUAAAUUUUCUGUCCAAUGUUUUUUUACUAAAUACCGUUUAAUUUUCUGUAUGUUUAGCUUCUAAUAAGUUGUAUUGGAUUGACGACCAACUCGCCGACGUCUCUACUCGAUUUUAUACGUCGGCGAGUUGGUGUCGGCGAGUUGGUCCGUUGGCGAGUUGACCGUAAACCGAUUACAUCAUCAUUAAAACUUUUUUUUAAUUCUUUAUUAUAUAAAAAAAUAGAUUCCAAGUUGCUGUGCGUCUGUUCAGUAAUAGAUCACAGAGGACUUCAAAAUGUAGAAAGAACAUCAGUGACACACUCGGCUGUGCCUUGUAUGCCACUUUUUUGUUCUUACCUCAUUUUGACAUCCUCUGUGAUCUAUUACUGAACAGACGCAUGGCAACUUGGGAUCUAUUUGUUAAUUACAUGCCAGGGUUAAGUACAGACUUUCUUAUGUGAUUGACAUCUUGUGAUUAACUUUCAGGGAAGCAUGCAAGUACAUCCAGGAAAAUUUGACAAUUAAUGUUGGUGAGCUUGACAGAGAAAGUGUUGUGAAUGUGGCUAAGACGUCAUUGUCAUCAAAGUUGAUUGGCCAGUCAUCAGACUUCUUUAGUGAGAUGAUUGUCAAUGCUGUCUCUGCAGUGAAGCGAGCAGGAAACAAGGGUGAAGCCAAGUAUCCAAUUAAGGCUAUUAAUGUGUUAAAGGCCCAUGGAGGAAGUGCACAGGAAAGUGUACUGGUGGAUGGGUAUGCUCUGAAUUGCACCAUUGCAUCUCAAGGUAUAUAAUACAAAAAUUUCUCAUCAGAUCUAGGAUUGCAAGGGAUUUAAAACUUCUUAUAGCAGAGCUCACAAAGUGUAGCCCUAUAAUUAUACAAAAUAGUAGUAACCCAUCAAGCUGAAAAAAUUUGGAUGUAUGACCGUACGACUGUACAAGGUGUUACUUUUAACAUGCAUGGUCAACUGUACCACAGGCACGCCAAUGCCACAGCUUUGUCCAGUAGUCCAGUGGUCAGUACACUGGGCUCAGAGUCAGAUGACCCAGGUUCUAGUCCUGGCUGGGGCAAGAUGUGUGGGAAAAAAAAAUGCGAGGUCCACUUUUAGGCUUGGCUAAAUCUAUAUAUUAUUACCUAUAUGUAUUGUAUUGUAUCCUUGUAUACCUUCACAUAAGUGGAGAUUACUCGUUGGAUUAGGUAAUUGAAGCUUGAAGAAUUUGGUGGAGAUUUUGGAAUUAUAAUGUGUUGGGGUUUUUUUAUUUUCAGCUAUGCCUAAACGAGUGGAAAAUGCUAAAAUUGCUUGCCUGGAUUUUAGCCUUCAAAAAGCCAAAAUGCAUUUAGGAGUCAGUGUUGUUGUAGAGGAUCCCGAGAAGUUAGAAGCUAUAAGAAAAAGGUGGGCUGUCCUCUGCCCAUGAGGACAUGACUUAUAUCUUUCUUGUCUUGUCAAGAUGUUUUUAUUUACAUGAUAAACUACUAUUCCAGGCCUGGAGAAAAGUCUGAAAUCCAGCCUGCACAUAAGCAUUGGAUUAAUUUGUGAUGUUUCUGGGGUCUUACCCUGCUUUGGCCAGUGAAAGCAAAUGUUACUUGUUUUGGACAAUCAGAAAUAAUUUUUCCCAAGCUCUGUAUUUAACAUUUGCUUCUUGUGAGAGGGAAUCCUCUUUGACCUUGAAAAGAAAAAACUUCAAAGUUCUUGCUAUGUCCUUAGCUGAUUCCUUCCAGGAAAAACUAGUGGGAACCUGUUCAUAUGGACUAUUGAUAUACAAAAGGAAGGGAAGAAAAAAAAAAAACUCUUUUUAACUACUGACAGCAAAAUUGUAUUCAAUAUGCAGAGAGGCAGACAUUACUAAAGAACGUAUCCAGAAGGUUCUUGGAGCUGGAGCCAAUGUUGUGUUGGUCAGUGGUGGCAUUGACGAUCUCUGCCUCAAGUACUUUGUAGAAGCUGGUGCCAUGGGUGUCAGGCGAUGUAAAAAGGCUGACCUUAAGAGAAUCGCAAGGGCUACAGGAGGUUAGUUUGUCUAGGAAUUGAAAUUAUUUUGCACAUUGGCAUUACACUUUCCACUGUAUGAUAUUUUGACAUUUUAGGCGUCAUCCAUCCGCACAAACGGAGGAGGGUCUGGGUCGGGUAGCGUAACGAACGUAUUCUCCGCGUGACCCGCCCCAGACCUCCCACGUUUUCUAUUUCGCUCCCUUUUACCGAGAGGGUGGCAAAGGGUUAAUACGUGAGGUGUGAUUAAGGCAACAAUUUAAUUUGAAAGGCGAGCGUGAUUCGUGAAUCUAUGAACAAAAGUGAGACGUGACCAGUGAAUUUUUUCUUCCAUUUUUGAAAACCUCAAUUUUUCUUAGAAAGUCUCACACAAGACAAAUAGUUGAUGUUUCCUUUUUAAAUUCGCGACGCAUGAAAUGCUUUUUCAAGUAUCGUGACGCGUGAAAUGGGGUCCGCACCCCCUCCCCACCCCCACUUUCACCCCCCUUCCCCUCCCCCUUUGCUACCCUUAACUACCUGAACCAUUGGAACAGGAUACUAACCUGUUGGUUGGCCUGUUUGUAUCCUAGCAACUAUGGUACUGACCUUGGCUAAUCUGGAAGGUGAGGAGAGCUUUGACGCCAGUAUGCUUGGCUCAGCAGACGAAGUUGUUCAAGAACGAGUUUCUGACGAUGAGUUGAUUGUUAUUAAACGGUAAGGGAACAAGCCCUGUUGUACUGUUUAGGUGUUAGUUUGUAAAUCUUACUUAGAGCAUAGAGAUGUAAAGAAUUCAGUAAAAAUCAACGAUAAUAACAGCGGUACUGUAGUCUAUGUAGGUUGCGAAAUGGCUCUCAUUAUUAUUAUUACUGCAGCACGCGCGUUUCCCACCCGCGGGAAGAUUGGAAACGAGUCGGAGAGAGGUUUGCCAGGGAUCUGGCACUGCAGACCUCUGGCCGGCUUGUUUUGCUCAAAGCCCUCAUUUUCCUGCGAGCGAAGAAACACUCGUGCUGAAGCGCUGAUAACGACGGCCUGCUCGCAGAUAAAUUAACCCUUUACACCCUAACAUCAGUAUGCAUAUUCUCCAUACUGUUCUUUAUACAUUUCUAAGGGUGCUGACAAGGAGAAUUUGUUUAACAAUCAAAAGCUUCUUUCGUUGGUGAUCAUUUCCUUUAUUCUCAUGACCGUAAUGUGUGAGUCAAAGGUGGUAUUCUGGGGAGAAAUUAUAUGCUUGUCACUCUUAGGGGUUAAAGGGUUAAAAGGAAAUUUUUUUAAUUUUUGUUAAUUUUGUUAAUUUUAUUAAUUUGUUUUAAUUUAUUUUGUAUUUUUUUUUCUUCAGGCCUAAGGCUCGUUCAGCGUCUUCGAUAAUCCUCCGAGGUGCUAAUGACUUCAUGUUAGACGAAAUGGAGCGUUCCAUGCACGAUGCCAUCUGUGUUGUAAAGAGAGUCCUCGAGUCCAAAACAGUCGUCCCACGGGGGAGGGGCAGUGGAGGCGGCUCUGUCGAUCUAUUUAGAGAACUUUGCUACAUCACUGGUAAGGAGAAAAACCCUCCCCUCUCAUUGCAUCUUGUCUUCGUUCUUCGUGAUAGCCUGCAGUGCAGGCGUCUUAUAGGAGCAAGUUAUCGUUAAGAAGCUUGCAAUCGUUUAUUCAACCGGCCAUGUUUGAUUUGACACUCCCCAACCCCUCUCCUUUUUGACUGUCGACCGUCGACCGUCCCCUUGGCACAAAUUUUUUCUCUCCUCAGAUUUCCGCUGUCAUUAAAAUAAAUGGUGGCGGCCAUAAUUUUCGCUAUGAAAAUACUAAGUACUCGCUCAGCAAAAUUACGCCAGCUCUGCAGGCUAUUGCUGUGAUUCUUUAUGGUUAAUAUCCGUCAUGAUCUGCUUUAUAAUCAGGGAUCUCGAGAGCAGUUGGCCAUCGCUGAGUUUGCCAACUCACUCCUUGUUAUUCCCAAGACGCUGGCAGUCAAUGCGGCUCAAGAUUCAGCCGAACUUGUGGCUAAACUCCGCGCCUAUCACAACACGUCGCAAAUUAACACAGAGAGAGCCUCCUUCAAAUGGUAUGUGUGUGGGAGAUUUUGAUUAAAAUUUUUUAACAAAAGUUAUAAGAAAAUAUAUCGGGGAAUUUCCGUAAUCGUCCCUAAAAACUUUUAGCGGAAUUUCUCUAGAACGUAAGCAUAAUAAUGGCGAUUGCUAAGGCACAAUCUUCUGUUUUUUGGUUUGCAUAUGUGUGACAACUGCAAGAGGGCAAGUUACGCUUAGAAAAUAGCCGGUCAGACUGAAGGGAAACUGCUUAAAACCGCUAUUUAGAAGCAAAAUAAGAAAAAAACAGCUACACGCGAAAUUGCUGUUCCUUAAAUUUCGUUUAAAUGGUUGCAAAUUAGUGUUUUAUACGAAUUACGGUCAACUCGCCGACGGACCAACUCGCCGACGCCAACUCGCCGGCGUAUAAAAUCGAGUAGAGACGUCGGCGAGUUGGUCCUCAAUCCAAUACAACUUAUUAGAAGUUGGUGAACAUUGGUGAACAUCACCAAUGACUAUAACAGCUUAAGACGCGAACGAGAUAAUUAUUGUGCGACAACAACGCCGUAAAGACUCAUCAUGUCAAUCGUUCAGAUUUUUUAAAGAAAACUUGGCUCUUUAGACAAGAUCUUUAGUAAAAAGCAAUUCUUUCUAUUUGCAACAAAGUUCAUAAGGAUCUCAAGGCGAAUAAAACGAAGUAAACAUCACCAAUGACUCUAACUGCCUCGGACGCGAACGAGUUAUUGUGUGACAAUCAUUGGUGAUGUUCACCAAUGUUCAAGCUUCUGUUUGAUGUUCACCAAUGUUCACCAGUGUUUUUUUUUACUAAAUAUCGUUUACUUUUCUGUAUGUUUAACUUCUAAUAAGUUGUAUUGGAUUGAGGACCAACUCGCCGACGUCUCUACUCGAUUUUAUACGUCGGCGAGUUGGCGUCGGCGAGUUGGUCCGUCGGCGAGUUGACUGGAUACCUUUUAUACAGGGUGUACACUACAAAAAUCAUAGUGUAAGGCAUGAUGAAAAUUACCCAAAUACAGCAAAACAACACCUCGAAGAAACAGCUGUGCCCCUUAAAAAUACUUCUCGAUAGUUUUGAUUAAAUGGCUGCAGUCAUUUUUUUAAUCUGGCCAUUUGACAUGGAAUUAAAGUUCUUGGUAGUUUUAAGGUAUUAAACCCUUCAACUCCUAAGAUCUGAUUGUUAAUUCUCGCCUCUAGCUGCAACACAUUUCUUUGUAAAUAAGUCACGAGAAUUUGGUGUUAAAUUAAGGCUACUAACUUCUACCUGAUAAGUUUGAGUAUUCUUAUUACAUAUUGGCUGGAUAAUGUGUGGAUGUUUCGGGGAGAAGUUACAUGUUAAUCACCUAUAGGAGUUAAAGGGUUAAUCAAUGUCUCCUUUUUUUCCUCUCAUGCUAUCCAGGAUCGGUUUGGAUCUGAUUGAGGGAAAAGUGCGUGACAAUUUAAAAGCAGGCGUUCUAGAACCUUGCAUCAGUAAAAUCAAGUGUCUUAAAUUUGCGACAGAAGCCGCCAUUACAAUUCUUCGGAUCGACGAUAUGAUUAAAUUGAGACCGGAGAAAAAGGAGGAGAGUGCAUACGGACAAGCCAUGCAGCGCGGAGAACUGUAGACAAAUGGAUAUUAUUAGGAACACUAUAACUUUAUUAAUUUGCGAUUUUGAUAUUUGAUUUGCCAAGAGAUAAGCACGGAUUCCCUGCAGUCCUGAUCUCAGCUUCUUGGAUGG